AUGUCACGGUCAAAGCGUGGAAUUGAGACGGUAGACCUCACUGGUGAUGAUGAUUUCAUUGAAACUCCUGUCUUCAAAGCCCCUCGCCAAACUUCAUCCUUCUCUUCCACGCAUGGUCGUGGAAAUUAUCUCCCUACACCCUCUGCAUCAAGCCAACCAUCGUCAUCAAGUCCAAGCGGAGCUCGGCCUUCACCUGCAUCGAGCCAAUCAUACACAAGCCAGCGAUCAAUUCAUCAAGACCAAACCCAUAGCCAGUCUCAACGUGGCAGCUGGGUUGCUUCCACCCAGGAGCAGGAAGCAGACAUUGCGCGAGAAAUCGACCUGACUGAGGACUUUGACGAUGACGUCUACGAGAAUUACAAGCUCUAUGGAAUUCUCAACACCAAGAUCGUGGGAUGUCGGUUCUACGAUGGUCGAGCCACAGUCGGAGAGUAUGUCAGGGUUCGUCGUGAGCCACGGAAUCCCUAUGACAGCAAUGCCAUCCGCAUCGACAAUGUCUUGCGAGAUCAGAUUGGUCACAUAGGCAGGAAUGUGGCGGCAAAACUGGCAUCACUGAUGGAUUCUGGGUCGUUGUUGAUCGAAGGUGCUUUGACUGGCCCAAAAUCAUUCUACGACUGUCCCAUCGGGCUCAAGUUGUUUGGCACAAAUGAUCCAGUGGCUGGUCCAGCUCUCGCACAGCAAAUGCAGACCCUGGGAUUGCCCGUGAACGAGUUCAACAAGAGCGAGAGAGACCGCAAGAAGCGUGAGCAGGAAGCAGAGAAGCAGAGAAAGGCAAGAGAGAAGGCGAUUGAAGCUAUGAAGAAGAAGGGUAAUGUCGUCUUUGAUCACGAUGGACCAGGAAAGUACAGCAAUUUCGCCACGCCUGGCGGAAGUCAGCAAGAUGCCGACAUGGAACAAAUCCUCGCGGGAACCUCAAUAUUUAAUCCUCGAGUUGUUGAAGAUGCAGUCAAGAAGCUCGGCGCUGGAGAAGAUGUUCUGUCAAUGUUGCCAAUGGCCGAACAACCUGAUCAACUUGCGACAUUACUGCUCCCGUAUCAGAGACAGGGACUUCAGUGGAUGUUGGAUCAUGAAUCGCCGCGGCCCCCGACUGGUGACAAUGUGGUGCAGAUGUGGAAGAAAGUCGGAACCUACUACACGAACAUAGCCACCAACUUUUCUGUGAGCAAACCUCCAGAAUUCGCAAGUGGUGGUCUGCUAGCAGAUGAUAUGGGUCUUGGGAAAACCAUUCAGAUUAUCUCCCUCAUCAUGGCCGACCCGAACAAGGACGGCUGUCCCACCUUGAUCAUCUCGCCCUUGUCAGUAAUGAGCAACUGGAGCCAACAAGCUGCGUCUCACACCAAAAAAAAGUACGCACCUCGUGUGCUGACUUACCACGGUCCAGGAAAUCGAGGGCAAUCGGCAAAGGAACUCAAGGGCUAUGACAUUGUUAUCACAACGUAUCAAACUAUGACACAAGAGUUGUUCCAAUACGGCAAGUCAACGCCUGAGAAGACGCCGACUAAGAAAGGCCUGUUUUCCCUAACCUGGCGUCGUCUCGUCCUGGACGAGGGACAUCAAAUUCGAAAUCCCAAGGCGAAGAUGUCGCAAGCGGCAAGCACACUGGCUGCCAAAUCCCGCUGGAUUCUCACGGGAACGCCCAUUGUCAAUAAUCUCAAGGACCUCUACUCUCAUGUCAAGUUUCUUCGUAUCUCGGGGGGCUUGACAGAGUUUGAAAUCUUCAAUUCCACGCUGAUAAGACCACUCAAAUUAGGGAGUCAAAAUGCACGCUUACUUCUGCAAGCCCUCAUGUCGACCAUGUGCCUUCGACGGAUGAAGGAUAUGAAGUUUGUGGAUCUCAAACUGCCAGGAAUCACAUUUCACAGGUACGCGGUCAAGUUUUUGCCACAUGAGCAGGAGCGAUACGAUGCCUUUAAGACCGAAGCCAAGGGGAUGUUGGAGGAGGUCAAAGCUAAGAAAGGUGAUACCAACAUGACAAGCCUCCUUGAGGUGCUGCUCCGACUCCGGCAGACGUGCAAUCACUGGAAAAUGUGCGGAGAGGAGAGACUGAAGCGGCUGUUGGCGCUGGUGGAGGAGAAUACCGUUGUCGACAUCAUGAAUCCAGCAAACAAGAAAGCCUUGCAGGAUCUACUCCAGGUUCGGAUAGACUCACAGGAUGAUUGUCCCGUGUGUCUGGAUACCCUCAAAAGCCCAGUCAUAACAGCCUGUGCACAUGGAUUCUGUCGGGACUGCAUCACUCGUGUCAUCGAAACCCAGCAUAAAUGUCCACUUUGUCGAGCCGAACUCGUACCCGAACACUUGGUUGAGCCAGCUGCGGCAAUGGGCGAAGACGACGACGAAGCAAUCGACAUCGACCCAGACGAAAGCAGCAGUAAGAUCGAGGCCAUGGUGAAAUUGCUGAAGCACUCCAGCGCGGAUAGCCAAGUGAAAACUGUGGUCUUCUCUCAAUGGACGUCUUUCCUCGACCUGGUCCAGGCACAACUUAUCAAAAAUGGCUUGAACUACUGUCGACUCGAUGGAAAGAUGAAUACUACGGCUCGUGACGCUGCGAUUGAAUCUCUCAAUACUGACAACUCGUGCAGAAUUCUGCUGGCCUCGCUUUCAGUCUGCUCAGUGGGUCUCAAUCUGGUCGCCGCUAAUCAAGUCAUUCUCGCCGACUCUUGGUGGGCACCGGCGAUUGAGGAUCAAGCUGUAGAUCGAGUUCAUCGCCUCGGACAGACGAGACAAUGUAAAGUGAUUCGAUUGGUGGUAGAAGGUACCAUUGAAGACGAGGUUCUGGAGAUUCAAGCCAGAAAGAGAAAGCUGGCCAGCGAAGCGUUUGGUGAAAAAGAGGGAGUUCAAAAGAGAAAAGAGUCCCGCGAAGGAGCCUUACGAGAUAUCCAGAGACUACUGGCUUGAGACUUG